AUGAACCCUGCUCGACCACCUCCUGCUGUGCUGCAGACGCCAGGAUUUGCCCAUUACUCAGUGGCAUGGUCCCCUUUUCACAAUUCCCGCAUCGCACUUGCUUCAGCUGCUAAUUUCGGUCUUGUGGGCAAUGGUCGCCUGCACAUGGUAUCGCUGAUUCCAGGAGUCGGUGGCUCAUCUGCGGUGAAACUUGACAAACAAUACGAGACCCAGGACGGCAUAUACGACGUUGCAUGGUCGGAGAUUCACGAGAAUCAAUUGGUCACAGGCUCAGGAGACGGGACACUGAAGCUGUGGGAUGUAAUGCUCAACGACUUUCCAAUACGCUCUUGGCAUGAACACAGUCGAGAGGUUUUCUCCGUUGAUUGGUCGAAUAUCAAGAAAGACACUUUCGCUUCCUCCUCUUGGGAUGGAAAUGUCAAGCUGUGGACACCGGAAAUGCCUCGUUCAGUGACAACACUGCAUGCGCAUCUAUCAUGCGUGUACCAAGCUCUAUUCUCUCCUCAUCAACCAGAUAUCCUCGCUACAUGUUCAACGGAUGGAACUAUGAAAAUAUUCGAUCUUCGUUCCCCUGCUUAUGCCACUAGCCCCGCCACGAAUUCAUUCACGCACCCCUUGUCUGCUGCAGUUAUGACCGUUCCUGCAUCUGGCACUGAAUUACUCACCCUUGAUUGGAAUAAAUAUCGACCUUUUGUACUGGCGACCGCCGGCGUUGACAAGAUGGUGAAGGUGUGGGAUUGUCGGAUGGUUCAGAGCGCCAAUCCAGGUGCUCAGGCAGUUGGUGGCGUUUGCGAGGUUCAACUUCCAGGUCAUGAAUAUGCGGUGCGAAAGGUCCAAUGGAGUCCUCACCGGCCAGACAUCUUGGCUACGGCUAGCUAUGACAUGACAUGUAGGAUAUGGUCGUCGAACCCAACUGCAGGGGGAUCCAAUCUUCUUCAGGUCCAUGAUCCUCAUACGGAGUUUGCGGCUGGUUGUAGUUGGUCACUCUAUGACGAAGGGGUACUUGCAAGCUGUGGAUGGGAUGGUAAAUUAUUUACCGCUCGGGAUAUCAUAGAGGACGAUCCUGAGGAUAUCAUGUCUGCCUCUCUCCAGACUCUCUACGACUAUACUCCAAUUACCCACUCCUCCACCCCUGGAUCGCUAUUUACUUACACAAUUGAACAUGAUAAAGCAGGCUCAGGACUAGGACAGAUCACCCUUCAGACACCAAACACGCAAGCAAGCAAUUGGUCUUUGCAUGCUACAUCCGUCUGGCAAUCCUCCAUUCACAUCGCAGAUCACAUAGAAGAUCUGCAAUUGGAUCAAUUCAACGAUCGAAAGAUAUUGCGUGUCCUGGAGCUUGGAGCUGGCGCUGGAUUGCCUUCGAUCAUGAUCGCACGGACUACGCCUAAUGCUGCUGUCAUAGCCAGCGAUUAUCCGGACGAAAACCUGAUAUGCACACUAUCUGAUAACGUUCGCCGCAAUCAUGCUUCAGAACGCUGCAGGGCUGUCCCUUACGCUUGGGGCAGUGAUAUUUCCCCACUCCUCACUCCCACCGCGCAGAAUCCUGAAGGUUCUGCGCUCUUUGAUAUCAUUGUCGCGGCAGAUACACUGUGGAAUCCUGAGAUCCACGUUCAGUUCAUCAACACACUUUGCAUGUGUCUCAAACACAGCCCAGACGCUCGCGUACAUCUCGUCGCUGGUCUACACACGGGAAGAUACACCCUUCAAUCAUUUAUGAAUGCUGCUAUGAUGCAAAAAUUUCAAGUAGAAAGAGUGGUGGAGAGGGAAGCCACGGGUAACGUUCAAAGACCAUGGGACGUUACACGCGCCGAGAGUGAGGAUGAAAGGGAGAGAAGAAAGUGGAUAGUCUGGAUGGUCUUGAAAUGGGCGUGA